AGCUAUGAACCAAUUAGGUUUGGCACUGUUUUGGAGCGCGGUGAUCUGGAUUUCAUUUCCGGUAGAGAGACAACACGAAUAAACAAAUCAAAUAAAACAGGAUGCCAAAAUCGAAAGAAUUUAUAUCCAGCUCAGAAUCAGAUUCAGAAGAUGAUAAGCCAAAAGCAAAGAAAAAGAAGACAGAAAAACCUAAGCCUGCAGAGAAGCCCAAGCCCAGUAGCUCCAAAGGAAAGGAUGGCGAAGAGAUGUUUCAGCUUUCCAAGAUGAGAUAUGUUACAGUGAGUGAAUUUCGGGGAAAAUGCUUUGUCAACAUCCGAGAGUAUUAUGAAUCUGAUGGAGAAAUGAAACCAGGAAAGAAAGGAAUAGCACUUAAUGCGGAACAAUGGACUAGACUGAAAGAACAAAUGGAGGAAAUAGAUGCAAAACUGAAAAGCAUGCAGUAGUGCUUUUUUAUAUAAGGAAACAGUCUCUGUAUCUCAAGUGAUAAGGGAGGAUAUCAUAAAGUUAAACCUCUUACUUAUAAGUCUGGAAUAUGACAGACAUACAGCUCAGCAGACAAAAUCUGAAAAGUAGCUAGCUAGCAGAGCAGACUAAAAUUGGAUUUUGAACAGCAGAGUUGGGUCAAGUGUCUAUUAUGUUGGAUACAAUAUAGUUUGUGACAAAACGUAUCUUGAUCAUUUGUUUUCUGAAAGGACCUUAGGUGUUUUAUGUGGAGCCUUCUUUAAAAUUGUGCUAUAUGUUUGUUAAAAGGACAAAUCAAGCCACGUGUGGUGGGAGACAGCACCAAAUGCCCAUUCCUCGUAUAGACGUGGUCAGAUGUGAAAACAUGAAGUGACACUGUAGAGGCAUGGUUGGCAAGAGUUUGUCACAUGAGACGAUUAUCUUCACAGAGUAUUAACAUGUUAGCACUUACAUUUUCUUACGUAAAACUUUCCAUUGUAGAUCUUGUAAAGUGUUGUUCAAACAAGCUAAACUAGUAUAUUGUUAAUUGGGUAUAUUUGGCUCACCGUUUGUGGCGACAGUGAAAGAGUCGUUCUGAAGUGAUGUGAAAACUUAUAAAUUAUGAAGCUGACAUGAGUUUACAUUUUAAUCAUCCUUUUUAAUUGUUGUGCUUGCUUUCAUUUCUUAGGACAGAAAAUUGACCAAA